CCACAAUGUUUUUUUUUUUUCAACCACAAUGUAAUUUACUUAGAACUUUGAAACUUUCCAAAGAAAGACGACAUCAACUUCAAUUUCUUGCUAAGGAAGUAAAAAUCUGGUCUUGGGUACAAGUACUACUAUAAAAACCAGUAUAAAUACAGCAUAGGAGUAUAGGACAUCAAUCAAGAGAAAAAAAUAAAUAAAAAAAAUUAAUAGUUUCAAGCAGAGAUUUUGCGACGAUUUUCAUUGCCAUUUAGCAUGGGUGAGCUCCAUGUUGUCUUCUUCCCCUUGAUGGCUCAAGGCCACAUGAUUCCUACUCUCGACAUGGCUAAGCUCUUCGCUUCUCGUGGCGUCAAGGUCACCAUAAUCACCACCCCUGCAAACCAACCCGUCUUCUCCAAAGCCGUAGACAAGUAUACGCAGUUAGGGUUCCAAAUCCAUAUCCGUUUGCUUCAAUUCCCGGCCGUCGAGGUUGGCUUGCCGGAAGAUUGCCAGAGCGUCGACAAAAUCCCCUCCAUUGAAGCGCGCAAUCGGUUCUUCAAGGCCUGCGAGAUGCUCCAAGACCCGCUCGAGCAAAUCUUACUAGAGCUCCGACCCGAUUGCCUCGUCGCCGACAUGUUUUUCCCUUGGGCUACUAACGCCGCCGCCAAGUUCGAUAUCCCAAGAUUGAUCUUUCACGGAACCAGCCAAUUAUCGUUGUGUGCUGUGCAUAGCCUCAGAAUCCACAAGCCUUUCAAGAAUGUUUCGUCGGAUUCUGAACUCUUCACGAUCCCCAAUCUUCCCCACGGGCUCAAACUCACCAGACUGCAAGUUUCUCCGUUUGAACAAAGCGAAUUCGAGAAUCCGAUGACGGAAGUGAUGAGACGCGUUAGGGAAUCGGAAGAGACAAGCUAUGGGGUAAUCUUUAACAGCUUCUAUGAGCUGGAACCAGAUUAUGCAGAGCAUUACAAGAACGUUCUGGGUAGAAGAGCAUGGUCAGUUGGGCCUCUUUCCCUUUUCAACAAGGACGCAGAAGAUAAAGCUGAAAGAGGGAAGAAAUCGGCAAUCGACGAGCAUGAAUGCCUGAAAUGGCUGGAUUCCAAGAACCCCCAUUCCGUGGUUUAUAUCUGUUUCGGAAGCGUCGCAAAUUUCGCUCCAUCUCAGCUCCACGAAAUGGCGAUGGGGAUCGAGGAUUCAGGGCUGGACUUCGUGUGGGUGAUCAGAAACAAGAGAGAAGAAGAGAAAUGGAUGCCGGAAGGAUUCGAGGAGAGAACCAAAGGGAAAGGAUUGAUCAUAAGAGGCUGGGCUCCCCAAGUUCUAAUUCUUGAUCACGAAUCCCUGGGAGCAUUCGUGACCCAUUGUGGAUGGAACUCGACUCUGGAAGCUCUGUGUGCGGGUGUGCCCAUGGUGACAUGGCCGCUAUUCGCCGAGCAGUUCGUGAAUGAGAAACUCAUGACUGACAUUUUGCAGACCGGAAUCGGAGUUGGGUCGAAAGAGUGGAAGAUAUCAGGCAACGAUGGUGUGAAGAGAGAAGCCAUUAGAGAGGCAAUCAAGAAAGUGAUGAUCAGUGAGGAAUCGGAGGAGAUGAGGAACAGAGCAAAGGCAAUGAAAGACAAGGCAAAGAAGGCAAUUGAGGAAGGAGGAUCUUCUUACUUAGAUUUCAACUCUUUGUUGGAUGAACUCAGAGUUUACCGUGCAAAACACUAACCUUAAAACAACCACUGUGGUAUUUAGCCAUGAGUUGUCUAUUUGUGUGAUUUAUCCUUAGUUUUCCCCUAAAUAUUAAGGCAAAAUAUUUACUUUCAUGCAA